GACAGCGGCGGGAGGAAAUAUUAUUACCUGGUUCCUUGUAGCUUGACAGUGGCGACAGCGCAGAGCUGCAAGUGGAAAGUCAAAUACAUCUUUGCGCUUCUGGCUUUUUGCACAAAAUGAGAGGAAAUGCGAGUUUUUGCCUAUGUGAUCACAGCAGACACGAGUUUAGACCCUGAUCGUGUGUGUGACUGACACGACUCUGAAACUGAAGCUGCACUUGUGAGAAUUAUCAGUUAAUUGGGCCAUUCAGGAACUGUAAAAAAGGAGGAAGACGAAGAAGUGAUGGAGGACCCGUUACGAAAUUAACCCAGAACUUAAAAAAAUGACGUUGAUUUUAAAUAAGGCGGCUAAGAGCACGUUUUAAAUGACCUACAACAUUUAACUGAGAUUCUUUUUUUUAUUUUUAUUUUGCUUUACCAUGCGUAACAGAUGGAUACGCCGGAGGUUGCUUGUCUUAAUUUUCACCUUCUUCAUCAUUCUCUACGUGGAUUUUCAGCUUCGAACCAGCAGCCUUCCCAAAGUUAUAGUGGUUCACCAUCCAUCACCCGGUGCGAUCCACCACCGGACCAUCCAGCAGGCUACCUUCCUGGUCAGGGACGUGCAGAACCCGGCGAAAAGUACCAGAAGCAGCGGCGAAACAGCAUUGGCCGAUGGAGGUCGCUCGGUGCCCGAGGACGCACAUGUCAGCCAGCCCGAACUGAAGGUGGAGGACGUCUACAUAGCUGUGAAAACCACCGGGAGGUUCCACAAGACGCGCCUCGCGCUUCUUUUGGAGACCUGGAUCUCCAGAACCAAAGCGCACUAGUAUCUCUUUCUCAUCUCUCUCUGUCUGUCUCUGUCACCAGGUUAUAACAUGGUGGUAACAGACUGCCAGUCUGAUCACAGUCAGCAGGCUCUGUCCUGCAAGAUGUCUGCAGAGUACGACGGUUUCAUGGCCUCAAACAAGAGGUGGUUUUGUCAUGUGGACGAUGAUAACUACGUCAACCCAGAAGCUCUCCUCUCGCUGCUGUCAGCCUUCCCCCAGGAAGGUGACAUCUACGUGGGCAAGCCGAGCCUGGACAAGCCCAUCACUGCUCAUGAACUGCUGGAGGGCAACGCAACGAGGGAGGUGCAGUUCUGGUUUGCAACAGGUGGAGCAGGCUUCUGCCUGAGUCGAAGACUGGCAGAGAAGAUGGCUCCGUGGGCCAGUGGUUCCCAGUUCAUGAGAACUUCAGCUAAGAUCCGUCUUCCUGAUGACUGCACUGUGGGCUUUAUUGUGGAAAAGCGACUGGGAAUCUCCAUGGUCCACUGUCCUUUAUUCCACUCACACCUGGAAAACCUGCUGCUCAUCAGCCAGAGAAGCAUACCACAGCAGGUGACACUGAGCUAUGGGAUAUUCGAGAAUAAGAUGAACAGCAUCGAGGUAAAAGGGAGCUUCUCGAAGGAGGACGAUCCCUCCAGGUUUAAGACUGUCCACUGCAUCCUGUAUCCCCUCACCAGCUGGUGUCCAUGAGUACCCCCUAAAGACGACCACAUCCAAGCACCUGAGACAAAGCUGGUAUCCAGCUGAAUGUAAUAUUUUACCUUUACCUGCAGAAAAAUGGACCGAUUCAUUUUGGUGGAGCAAUUCUGGAUGCAGAAGGAAUAACGGUGACUCAGACUUAUCUGUGUUGCACAACGCCUCAACUACCACUGAUCAACACAGACUGUAAAAGAGGGAUCUAGACAUCAUCUGUUUUUGGACUUCCAUUCCGAAGACAUGAUUUAAUGUUUGGCCAUUGUUGUGUUCGUCUUUUAGAGCCACAAGAGAAGAGGGUGAAAUUCAGAAAUUAGGCGCUAAUGUAGCAAGCUUAGUUAGCAAGGCUGGUCCACUGAGUCUAUAGGAAUUUCUUUUACUUAUGUAUUAAUCACAUUAUUUUAUUGUAUGAUGC